UGCCCCCUCACUGACCAAGGACUGACCAGGGACCCAGGACAAAAGAAGGAGUCUGAGGGAGGGAGGUGAAAGAGACAGAGUGAAUAACAGAGAGAAAGGAAUAAAGCCUCAAACCAAGCCAGGACUGUUCAGAAUAAGAGUGCCUAAGGGAUCUUCUGCAACUUUGGACGAAAGGAUACCUUCACAGGCUUGCAUGGACUUUUAUCACUUAGCUAGUGACUCUGCAGGUGUGGAGGUGGUAGAAAUUAGUUGCUCAGAAGUUUACAUCUUGAUUCGUUUGACUGUCACAAUGCCACACUCUACCUUUCUCACUUUACUGAAGGUGGUAUUUCUGAUAUGUAGCGCAUUGGCUGGAGGACAGAGUGAAGAGGAAUCCCAAAGCCUGCACCAUCAUGCAAAGACAAACUUAACAGAUGCUUUUAUAGUGAGAUUAAACUGGGAUCAUGUGGAGAAUCCUUACCUGGUAGUACUGUGGAUAUUUGUGGCUGGAGUGGCAAAGAUUUCUGUGGCCCAACUGAAUGCCAGACUCAAGAGCUUCUUUCCUGAGAGUGGACUCCUCAUAAUCUCUGGUUUCAUUCUGGGAGGGAUUGUCUGGGGUGCAGACAAGGCACAGACUUUUAAACUUGAGCCAAGAAACUUCUUCUACUUCCUGCUGCCACAGAUCAUCCUGGACACUGGCUACUUCAUGCCAAACAAGCUUUUCUUCAGCAACCUGGGUGCCAUUCUCGUCCACGCUGUUAUUGGGACGUGCUGGAAUGCGGGCGCAGUGGGUGUGUCCCUCUGGGGCUGCUAUUUAGGAGGAGCUAUGGGUGAUCUGGACAUUGGACUGUUGCAGUUCCUGCUGUUUGGCAGUCUGCUUGCAGCUGUAGACCCUGUGGCUGUGAUUGCUGUGUUUGAGGAGGUGCAUGUGAACGAGGUCCUCUUCAUCUGGGUGUUUGGAGAGUCACUGCUCAAUGACGGAGUCACAGUGGUGCUGUACAAUGUUUUUGAUGCUUUUGUGUCUUUGGGAGGGUCAAAGAUCAAUGCAGGUGAAAUCAUCAAAGGCAUAGUCUCAUUCUUUGUAGUGUCAUUUGGAGGUUCAUUGAUUGGCGUUGCAUUUGCCAUCAUCAUUUCUCUGCUGACCAAGUAUACAGGAAAAGUCCAAAUCAUUGAGGCUGGGUUCAUCUUCGUUCUUGGCUAUCUGUCUUACCUCACAGCUGAGAUGCUCUCGCUUUCGGCCAUCCUUUCAGUUACUUUCUGUGGCGUCUGCUGUCAAAAAUAUGUGAACGCCAACAUGGAUGAAAAGUCUGUCACUGCUGUGCGCUACGCUAUGAAGGUGUUCGCCAAUGGCUCAGAGACAAUGAUCUUUGUCUUCUUGGGUGUCACAGCCAUUGAUAACGUCAUCUGGGUGUGGAACACUGGCUUCAUCUGCCUCACAAUACUAUUCGCUAUAGUCUACCGGUUCAUGGGUGUUUUUGCCUUGACCUGGAUGCUAAACCGCUACAGACUGGUUCCCAUAGAGGUCAUCGAUCAGCUAGUCAUGAGCUAUGGUGGUCUGCGAGGGGCAGUAGCGUAUGGUUUGGCAGCUUCAUUGGACGAAACCAGGAUCAAAGAGAAGAACCUGAUCAUCAGCACAACACUCAUUGUGGUGUACUUCACUGUCGUUAUUCAGGGUCUCACUAUGAAGCCCCUUGUCAAAUGGCUCAAAGUUAAGAGGGUUGAACCAUCUGAGCUGAAACUUAUUGCGAAAGUGAACAACAGGGCAUGUGAACACAUUCUGGCGGCAAUGGAAGACAUUGCUGGACGCAUAGGAGAUAACUGGUGGACCAGAGGCUGGAAGCGGUUUGAGGACACCUACAUCACCUGGUUUUUGAUGAAGCCAGAGGCCAGAAAGAACAGAGAUUACCUUUUCAGCAUCUUCCACAAACUUAACAUGGAGGACGCCGUUAAUUAUGUUGCCGAGGGGGAAAAACGUGGGUCUCUGGCCUUCCUGCGCAAUGGUGAGCGUACUAACGUGGAUUUUGAGAAGAAGUUUGGUUUGGAGUUUUCUGGAGUCAUGCCUGACAUCACCUCUGAGCUAGACUUUGGCAUCGACAACGUACCAAUGACCUCCAUUAGACGUGACAGCAUUCCUUCGGUGUCUCUGAACAUUCACGAGCAAGACAUGAAAGACAUGAAUGAGGACUUCAAUGCUCACCACCUACUGCAGCAGCAUCUGUACCGGAGCAGGAAAAAUCACCGUCACAAGUACAGCCGCACUGACUUCAAAAUCAACCAGAGUGAGGACGAAGUGCAGGAGAUCUUCCAGAGGACCAUGAGGACCCGCCUUGAGUCCUUCAAAUCUGCAAAGAUGGGUGUCACUCCUGCCAAGAAAAUCACAAAGCACCCAAAGAAAGAGCCAAGCCAGAAGAUGUCUAAUGGGAAAAGUACAGAUAACAGUAAAAGCUAUCCAUAUGGAGAUGAAGAUUUUGAGUUUUCGGAAGCAGACAGUGCCUACAGUGGUGAUGGCGCAGCUGCAGGGGGCAGUUUUCCUAUGAGAGCUCCUCCAUACACAGUGGGAGCUGGCAUUGAGAACCCAGCGUUCAUGCCGGAGAUGGACACCCCUCCUCCUCCUUGGCUAACGGAAGUUGAGACUGACACAAGCGUAGCGCCUUCUCAGAGAGCACAGCGCCAGCUACCCUGCAGCCCCACCAAUCUGCGGCGCCUCACGCCUCUGAGGAUCAGUAACCGCUCCACUGACUCCUUUGUGAUGGCUGAUGUUCCUGCUGCUCAGGAUUCACCUGAGGAACCCCCCGAAGACAGGUCUCAGGGGGACGGUACCCACAUGUAGACUUGAUGUUAUGUAACAUCAACUUUCCAAAAUGUUUGAUCAGGUUUGCUGUAUUUGACUCUUCGUUGUUGUCUGCAGGCCUGAGUUAGCCUUUGUUAGGUUUCCUCAGCUCCACCUGGUGGAGACAUUUAUGAUAGCACUUUACCGCACUGACAGCAGGCCAGAACAACAACCCCAGAGUCGGCUUACUUUUAUUUGUGUGCAUUUUGAUGUACUUCCAUACCUUUUCUUUGGACCGUGGAUAGUUACAAAAACAGUCCUGCAAAAAUGCAGCUGUUGCAUUUUUAUGUGGGAAAUGUUAUUUUGGGUGUUACAAUGUGCUUCCAAGGCAUCUGUGCCAGAAUCAGCCGUGCAAUUUAUUUCCCUGUAGUUAUAGUUAUAGACGUCUGAUGGUCAGUUAGGUGAUGAUGAUACUGAAUAUAAGAGAAGUUGUUUCACAGUGAAGUAUUUGGCCUUCGGUGUAAAAACAAAUCUGUAACAGCACUUUGACUUGACUAGAAUUAGUAUGUAUUUGAUAUUUGUAUAGUUUAGGCUUCAGCUCUGAAACCUUUACUGAUUCAGCUUCUCAUCCUACACAUGGUGACACUCUGCUAUUCCUCAGCGAACAAGGUGGCUUAAAGGAAUGAGCGAAAACAAAUUUACACAGUUUUCAUUUACUCCAGAUGUUGUUGAUCAGCCAAAACAUGUUUGGGGACCAAAUUUUGCUUCUUUAGUUUUGCAUUGGAACUACAGUGCUAACGUUACUAACACUGUCCUAAGCUGCACAGUGAAGUUUUGUUCAUUUUUGUAGUCUGCAGUAAGUCAUGCUGUGUCCUAAACCAACUUGAUAAGUCUUCAUGAACAUAACGAAGAAGUGGAUGCAGUUUGAGUGGGUUAAGAGAAGCUUUUAGGAUGGAAAAAAUCUGGGUGACUAUUAACGUCUAGGGUUUGUUAGCAACAUUAGCCUCUUAGCAACAGUGUUAAACAAAAAAAAGCAAAA